AUGGAGCGACUCGUCCGUCCUGUGACUCGACAAUUAACAAGGCAAUCCCUGCGAUACCCUUAUUCAAUACCUACAGCUCCCGCCUUCCUACGACUAUACAGUAUGGGCCAUACCGUUCCUCCGUUGAAAGACAAGUCCUUGUUCAUCGAAAAGGCAUAUGUCAAUGGCGAGUGGGUUGGUGCCCAGUCAGGCAAGACAUUCGAAGUUCACGACCCUUCCGAUGGUAAACUCAUCGGGACUUGCCCAGAAUUCGAUGCCGCCGAUACAGAAAAGGCCAUCGACGCUGCUGCCGCCGCUUUUCCUGCAUUUCGCAAGACCCUUGCGCGCGAACGUGCCCGCAUGCUGCGAAGAUGGUAUCAAUUAAUGGUAGACAACGCAGACGACCUAGCAACACUAAUUACAUGGGAAAAUGGCAAGCCUUUUGCCGAUGCCAAAGGAGAGGCCAUCUAUGCUGCAAACUUCUUUGAGUGGUUUAGUGAAGAAGCUCCCCGUGUCUACGGAGACACUAUCCCGUCAUCAGUGCCUGGUAACAGAAUUAUCACCCUCAAGGAACCAGUCGGUGUUUGCGGUCUCAUCACUCCAUGGAACUUCCCCGCUGCCAUGAUCACACGAAAAGUGGCGCCUGCUCUGGCAGCUGGCUGCACAGUUGUCGUCAAGUCCCCAGGCGAGACACCUUUCACUGCCAAUGCCCUAGCCGAGCUGGCCCAUCGUGCCGGGAUCCCCAAAGGUGUUGUUAAUAUCGUAACCACCAAUGAGAAUGUGGCUGAGGUCGGCGAAACCUUGACCACUCAUCCUACCGUCCGGAAGGUCUCCUUCACUGGGUCGACCAACGUCGGUAGACUACUCAUGAAGCAGGCCUCUUCGACCAUAAAGAAAGUUUCCUGGGAACUCGGAGGCAACGCACCAUUCAUUGUGUUUGAUGACGUCAAGGAUAUUGAUGCCGCCGUUGCAGGCGCUAUCACCUCCAAAUUCCGCAGUUCAGGACAAACCUGUGUAUGCGCCAACCGCAUCUAUGUUCAGAAGGGAAUUUACGACGAAUUCGCGAAGCGGUUCGCUGAUAAGGUCAGAGGCUUCAAACUCGGACCCGGCUUCGAAUCAAGCACUACGCACGGCCCAGUCAUUCACUCGCGCGCCGUCGAUAAGGUUGCCGAACACGUACAUGAUGCUGCAUCCAAGGGCGCCAAGGUCGUCGUUGGCGGCGAACGAGCGACGGAGUUUGGAGAAAACUUCUAUCACCCAACCGUCUUGACGGGCAUGACCAAGGACAUGUUGAUAGCCUCUGAAGAGACUUUUGGUCCUGUCGCUGGGCUAUUCCCCUUCGAAACAGAGAGGGACGUCAUCGAACUCGCUAACCGUGCCGAGGUCGGCCUAGCUGCAUAUUUUUUCUCUAGUGAUGUUAAGCGCUGUUUCCGUAUCGCUGAAGCUUUAGAGGUCGGUAUGGUCGGCGUGAACACAGGUCUUAUCAGCGAUGCUGCUUCACCAUUCGGCGGCGUUAAGCAGAGUGGGUUUGGCCGUGAAGGCAGUAAGUACGGUAUUGACGAAUUCGUCACCAUUAAGGCAGUUACUUUUGGAGGCAUAACCGAGCCAGAGUCUUAA